ACGAUUCUUGAAAACGUACUGCUAGGUACUGAUAAAUAUACGGAGGAUGAUGCUAUUAAAGCUUGUCGCCUGGCUAAUGCGUCUCAAUUCAUCGAAAAGCUACCAGAGAGUUACGACACAAAUGUUGGUGAGAAGGGACGGUUGCUGUCAGGAGGUCAGAAACAACGCAUUGUCAUCGCUCGGGCGCUGGUGCGCAAACCAAAAAUCCUUCUACUGGAUGAGGCCACAAGUGCCCUUGACGCCCAGAGUGAGCAGGUAGUUCAGCAAGCACUGGAGAACGCGAAACGAGGCCGUACUGUAAUCAGCGUCGCUCAUCGCUUAAGCAGUGUGCAACACUAUGAUCGGAUACUAUACAUUGAAAAUGGAGUAGUAGCAGAGAGUGGAACUCACUCUGAACUCAUCAAACUGGACGGAAAAUAUGCGGCACUCGUUAGAAGCCAAGAUACGAAGGCACCCAAUUGA